GAAGUUUAACAUAGAGCAUCAGUUAAAUUCCCCAAUCCUAUCCAAGAUAAUUCAUCUAGGGAGCCUGUGUCUGCAUUCCUGGACGCAUUUAAUUGUCCCAUCAAAAAAUGACUAUGUCUGACAAACUGCCAUUGAAACCACACUCAGCCUCUGAUUGUAUGAAUGCAAGUGAGAAGAGAAAACAGCAGACAGACACUCAAUGCCUACUGGCACUUUGAAUCAGAAGCUCUAAACCAAGAGUCUCUAAAACCAACAUGCUCAAGCUCAAUGGCACAGUCUUCAUGCCCUCAGUGCUGACACUGGUCGGGAUCCCUGGCUUGGAAUCUGUGCAGUUCUGGAUUGGAAUUCCUUUCUGUGCCAUGUACAUCACUGCUCUGUUUGGGAAUUCCCUGCUCCUGGUCAUCAUCAAAUCGGAACGCAGCCUCCAUGAGCCCAUGUACCUCUUCCUGGCAAUGCUUGGAGCAACAGACAUUGCUCUCAGUACCUGCAUCCUACCCAAAAUGCUAGGAAUAUUCUGGUUCCAUUUACCAGACAUAUAUUUCGAUGCCUGUCUCUUUCAGAUGUGGCUCAUCCACACCUUCCAGUGUAUCGAAUCAGGAAUUCUGCUGGCCAUGGCCCUGGACCGUUAUGUGGCCAUCUGUGAUCCCCUGAGACAUGCAAUCAUCUUUAGCCACCAAUUCCUCACUCAGAUUGGGGUUGCAGUGACAUUCAGAGCAGUCAUCUUUUCAGCUCCAUGUCUCAUCCUCAUCAAAUGUCGGCUGAAACACUACUGGACCGCUGUGGUCUCCCAUUCAUACUGUGAGCACAUGGCCGUCGUGAAGUUGGCAGCAGAAGAUAUUCAAAUCAACAAGAUCUAUGGUCUGUUUGUGGCUUUCAUUAUACUUGGAUUUGACAUAAUCGUUAUCAUACUCUCCUAUAUCCGAAUAUUUAUAACUGUCUUCAAUCUGCCUCAGAGAGAAUCUAGGCUCAAAGCCUUUAACACAUGCAUUGCCCAUAUUUGUGUCUUCCUUGAGUUUUAUCUCCUAGGUUUCUUCUCCUUCUUUACACACAGGUUCGGGUUCCACAUUCCACCCUACAUUCAUAUUCUUCUGUCCAACCUUUAUCUGCUUGUCCCUCCUUUGCUCAAUCCUAUUGUGUAUGGGGUGAAAACCAAACAGAUUAGAGAUCGGUUGUCCAAGAUUUUUUCACUCUAAGGAUCCAUUUUGAUUUCUCACUAUCUUACUUGAUUUCAAACAAAAACAACCACAAAACAGUGAA